AUGGGCGACGUAAGGAGAUCUUUAAACCAUCCGUCUGCGGAACGUCAGAUCCUUCCGCCGUUUCAAAACAUCCAACUCUUGGUGUUUAAAGAAAUAUCCCCAAGCACGUGGCGGCGCUUAGAUGUGAAGGAGAGCGGCGUGUGGAGGCGGAGGGGUGUGGUGGAUCGGAUCGGACCCCGCCGCGCUGGCAAGGGAGGCGAUGUGUCGGAGGGACUAUUUGUGAGCGGCGGGCUUUGUGUGAUCUACCCCGGCCCCCGGGCCGCUCUUUGUGUCCGAACCGCUCACUUGCCCGCCGGUGUCAGACCGCAGUCAUGUGGAUUUUUUUCCGAGUUCAUCCCGCCGCCCGAGUGCCCGGUGUUCGAGCCGAGUUGGGAAGAAUUCAGCGAGCCGCUAGCCUACAUCAAUAAGAUCAGGCCUAUCGCCCAGAGGAGCGGCAUCUGCAAAAUUCGCCCUCCUAAGGACUGGCAACCGCCUUUCGCUUGUGAAGUGAAAAACUUUCACUUCACACCACGAAUUCAACGACUCAAUGAGCUGGAGGCACAGACCCGAGUGAAGUUGAACUUUCUAGAUCACAUUGCAAAAUUCUGGGAUCUGCAGGGAUCCACGCUGAAAAUCCCACAUGUUGAGAGGAAAAUGUUGGAUUUGUACACACUCAGUAAGGUCGUCGCAAGUGAGGGUGGAUUUGAAUUGGUGUGUAAAGAAAAGAAAUGGGCCAAAGUGGCUAGUCGAAUGAGUUAUCCACAAGGAAAAGGCAUUGGCUCACUUUUACGAUCCCACUACGAGAGAAUUCUAUAUCCAUAUGAACUGUUUCAGUCAGGAGCCAGUCUCUUGACUUCUGGAAGUGCCUCUGUGCGUAUCUUCCCUGACUCUGUGAAAAACUUGAAUCAGGGUGACUCUUCUGAAGAUGAUUUUGCCAGAAACACAGAAUUGCGGAAACUGCAGAUCUUUGGUGCUGGUCCCAAAAUGUUGGGUCUUGGUCUCAGGACGAAGGACAGAGAGGAUGAGGAAUUUUCAGUAACCGUAAAGUCGAUGGGACAUAAGAAAGGUGCGGAAUCACAAUUCCCUCGCAUGCAGAUGAGACAGCGGAAAGGAGCAUUGGCUGUAAACUUUAUUGACCUGUACGUUUGUCUUGUAUGUGCACGUGGGGAUGAUGAAGACCGUUUACUUUUAUGUGACGGAUGCGACGACAGUUACCACACAUUCUGUCUCAUUCCUCCUCUUAUGGAUGUGCCAAAGGGAGAUUGGAGAUGUCCAAAGUGUGUGGCUGAGGCUUGCAGCAAGCCCCCGGAGGCAUUUGGUUUUGAGCAGGCAGUCAGGGAGUACACUCUCCAGAGCUUCGGUGAGAUGGCAGAUAACUUCAAGUCAGAUUAUUUCAACAUGCCAGUACAUAUGGUCCCAACGGAGCUGGUGGAGAAGGAAUUCUGGCGACUUGUCAGUAGCAUUGAGGAGGAUGUUAUUGUGGAGUAUGGUGCUGACAUCACAUCAAAGGAAUUUGGCAGUGGAUUCCCAAUCAAAGAGAACAGAAGGAGGCUGUUACCUGAAGAGGAGGAAUAUGCUAAUUCGGGGUGGAAUUUGAACAACAUGCCAGUCUUGGAGCAGUCUGUAUUAACUCACAUCAACGCUGACAUCUCUGGAAUGAAGGUUCCUUGGCUUUACGUGGGAAUGUGCUUCUCUUCCUUCUGCUGGCAUAUUGAAGACCACUGGAGCUACUCCAUUAACUUUCUGCACUGGGGCGAACCGAAGACGUGGUAUGGGGUGCCGGGAUAUGCUGCUGAACAACUUGAACUUGUAAUGCGGAAGCUGGCUCCAGAGCUCUUCCAUUCUCAACCAGACCUGCUGCAUCAACUGGUGACCAUCAUGAAUCCUAAUAUUCUUAUGGAGCACGGGGUUCCGGUGUUCCGAACAAAUCAAUGUGCUGGUGAGUUUGUGGUUACUUUCCCGAGAGCUUAUCACAGUGGAUUCAACCAGGGAUACAACUUUGCAGAAGCAGUGAAUUUCUGUACUGCAGAUUGGCUCCCCAUGGGUCGGCAGUGUGUCAGCCAUUAUCGGCGUUUGCACCGAUACUGCGUGUUUUCACAUGAAGAACUGAUCUGCAAAAUGGCAGCUGAUCCAGAGGGUUUGGAUGUUGAGUUAGCAGCUGCUGUCUACAAAGAGAUGCUGACGAUGAUUGAGGAGGAGAGGCAAUUGAGGAAGACAGUCUUCCAGAUGGGUAUAAUUGAUUCUGAACAGGAGGCAUUCGAGUUGUUACCAGAUGAUGAGCGGCAGUGCGAGACAUGUAAGACCACAUGCUUCCUGUCUGCUGUUACAUGCAUCUGUGACCCCAGUAGGCUGGUGUGCCUUUAUCACGUUAAAGAUCUUUGCAGCUGUCCAGUGAAAAAACGUUGUCUCAGGUACCGUUAUACACUGGAUGAGCUACCAUCUAUGCUUUAUGGGGUGAAAGAACGUGCCCAGUCGUAUGACACCUGGGUGAGUAAAGUGGGAGAAGCCUUGGAAGCGGAACUUAAUCACAAGAAAGAUCUUUGUGAACUGAAAACUCGGUUGGAUGAGGCGGAAGACAAGAAAUUCCCUGAGAAUGACCUGCUGCGACAGUUGCGAACUGCUGUGAAAGAGGCAGAAACCUGCGCGUCCAUCGCCCAACUGCUGGUCAGCAGAAAGCAGCGUACCAGAUCAAAACCAGAGAGUGGAAAAACUCGCACAAAGCUAACUGUCCAUGAGUUGAAAGCAUUUGUGCAGCAAUUGUACAGCCUGCCUUGUCUCAUUAGCCAAACUCGACUGGUUAAGGAGCUGCUGGACAGCGUCGAAGAAUUCAAUGAACGUGGCAAAGAGGCUUUGUCUGAUAAGAUUCCUGAUUCAUCUAAGUUGCAAUUAUUAAUAGAACUGGGGUCUGAGUUGGAUGUGGAGUUGCAAGAACUGCCCAAACUGAAACAGCAUCUCCAGCAGGCUCGCUGGCUUGAUGAAGUUAACCUCACCCUCUCAGACCCUGACAGAGUUAUGUUGGACACGAUGAAGAAACUUAUAGACUCUGGUAUUGCCCUGGCACCACAUCCUGCAGUGGAAAAAGCAAUGGCUGAUUUACAGGAGCUCUUGACUGUAUCUGAACGAUGGGAAGAAAAGGCCAAAGUUUGUCUACAAGCCAGGCCAAGGCAUGGUAUGGUGACGCUGGAUGGUAUUAUCAACGAGGCGAAGAACAUUCCCGCAUACCUGCCUAAUGUCCUAGUUCUUAAGGAAGCUCUGCAGAAAGCCAAAGACUGGAUGGCCAAAGUGGAAGUAAUUCAGAAGGGAUCAUGCAAUGCAUAUCUGGAUCAACUGGAAAGUCUGUUAGCAAAAGGUCGCCCUAUCCCAGUACGGCUUGAUCCACUUCCACAAGUGGAGUCCCAGGUGACCGCAGCUCGAGCCUGGAGAGAGCGAACUGGUCGAACCUUUCUGAAGAAGAACUCCACCUGCACGCUGUUACAGGUGCUGAGUCCCAGGACAAAUAUUGGAAUAUACAGCAGUGGAAAGAAUAAACGGAAAAAACUGAAAGAAUUAAUGAAAGACCGAGAGCUAGAUUUGGAGAGCGUAAGUGACUUAGAAGAGCUAGUUGAAGAAUCCAGUGAUCCAAAUGCAGUUCAACCUGAAGAAAGCGCUGUUCCCAGGGGCUACAACGUGAGAGGCAACAACACCAGACUGUGGUGGGUGAAGAAGGGAUCGUCGGUGCACCUUGCAAGUCGAGAGUUGGGUUGGAAGCCGGGGCUCGACGCGACCGGGGAAAAGAUUGCAAGCUUCCGAGUAAUGGAACAGAAAGAAUGUGAAGCCAUGCAUGCUCUGAGGGCAGCAAAUUUAGCUAAAAUGGCAUUGGUGGAGCGUAUUGAAGAGGUAAAGUUUUGUAUAUGCCGGAAGAUAGCCAGUGGGUUUAUGCUUCAGUGUGAACUUUGUAAAGACUGGUUUCACAGCACUUGUGUUCCGCUUCCAAAAACUGGCACACAGAAGAAAGGACUGGGUUGGCAAACUAAAGAAGUGAAAUUCUUGUGCCCAUUGUGCAUGCGUUCCCGACGACCACGACUAGAGACCAUUCUCUCGCUCCUCGUCUCGCUUCAGAAGCUUUCAGUCCGUUUGCCAGAAGGAGAUGCCUUGCAAUGCCUGACAGAGAGAGCAAUGAGUUGGCAAGAUCGAGCUAGGCAAGCCUUAGCUACAGAUGAACUGUCUUCUGCACUUGCCAAGUUGUCUGUUCUAAGCCAACGAAUGGUGGAACAGGCAGCAAGAGAAAAGACGGAGAAGAUUAUUAGUGCUGAACUGCAGAAGGCGGCAGCCAAUCCAGAUUUACAGGAGCAUUUACAGAGUGUUCAGCAGUCGGCCUUCAGCAGAGCCAUGGGGAGUUUGGCUCCCUCACCCAGAAAAUCUCUCGAGUUAGAUGAGGAGGAAACAGAUUCCGAUGAUGAUGUCAGAGAAGCAUAUCGCUAUGAGAAAAAAGAUGGUGCAAGCAGUGUCUCCUCUGGUAGCAUGGAGCCAAACCUGUUCUGUGAUGAAGAGAUUCCAAUAAAAGCAGAGGAAGUGGUGUCACACGUUUGGCCAGCUGCUCCUUCUUUCUGUGCAGAACAUGCAUAUUCUUCAGCGUCAAAAUCUUUUUCACAAGGUUCAGGAACUCCUCGGAAGCAGCCCCGUAAGACACCAUUAGUGCCACGCAGCUUGGAGCCUCCUGUUCUGGAGUUGUCACACAGUGCAAAAGUUCAGCUCGAGGAGUUAAUGAUGGUGGGAGAUCUUCUGGAAGUGUCCCUUGAUGAGACGCAGCAUAUUUGGAGAAUACUCCAGGCUACGCACCUUCCUGCCGAAGACAGAUUUCUGCAGAUACUGGAGGAUGAUGGCCCAGAGGAGAAAGCUUUCCGAAUUAAAGUCAAGGAUUCUUCUGACAAAAAACGAAAGCGAAAACUGGAAAAAAAUGAACUGUUCUUGGGAGAGAGCAAGAAGCUAAAGGAGAUGAGAAAGUUUGACAAGCCGAAAAAGAAAAAGCUAAAACUGAACCCUGAGAAAACAAAAGAACAGAGCAAACUAGUGAAAAAAUUAGGCAAAGAGGAUAAAGACAGAGAGAAGAAGAGGAAAGAGAAAUCCAAAGAGAAUGCUGAGAAAAUGUUGGAAAAGAAAGAAAAGAAACUGAUGUUACCGACUCGGGAAGAUUGGUCUGCAGCAGAGGACUCGGAGGAUGAAAAUGCUGUUUGUGCUGCGUUGAAUUGUCAGCGUCCCUGUGGAGAAGAGGUUGACUGGGUGCAGUGCGAUGGAGGCUGCGACGAUUGGUUCCAUCAGGUGUGUGUGGGUGUCUCCUCUGAGAUGGCAGAGAAUGAGGAUUAUAUCUGUACUACAUGUGCCAGGCUAGUGCAUCCUGGCAUUAGAGCAGCUGGGCUGCCUGGACCGUAUGCAGGCACGUCGUUCUUGGAAGAUUCGAAGGACAGCAGCUAGUCCCAUGCCUUUUAUGGAAACUACUGUCGAACUCUUGGGCUGAAAGGCGACUCCUGUCAGAACUGACGUGAACAGAAAACCCUUGCACGCUGCAUUUUUAAUGAGGGGCACGAAACAUAUGGUUAAGAUUAGGAUUGUGAAACUGCUGUCAGAAACACCUCUCAGACUUCAUAGUGUUUGAAAAGACACCUGUUUGGAUUUGGAGGAACCUGGGGCACAGGAAUGAGCGGAGGAACAGUCAAGUUGAACAGGCAAGUUGAAGUGGUGAGGGGAAGCCUCAGUGGCUUCUGUUAGACAUCCCUAUCAGGCAUGCACAACCCCUUCUCCAGCUCAAGAAAGAAGGCCAGAAUUUAAUUAGUUUUAAGUCCUUUUUUUGGUAACAAAUUUUAAUUAUAUUGGGGUUUGAAGUUGGACUUCUUUGUUGAAUUGUUCAUACUUUGAUGAGCUUUAAAGCAGGCCCUUUAUUUAAAAGUGUAGGACAUCUUGCGGUUUAGUGUUGGCAGCUCUUAACAACUGUAAAUGACUUUUCUGCACAACUUGGACUCUGUUAUUGCAUAACCAAGUAGACUAUACAGAGAUGCUACUAUGUACAGAGUGCCCUUGUUGAACAAGGGACCAAUAAUACCUCUAAACAGUUCACAGGUGAGAUCACAUUUAACGGCAUACGUGCACCAAUUAUGCCUUCUGACCCAGCUAAACUAAAGAGGACAAACAUAUUCUUCCUAAUUCCUCAGUGAUUUUAAGUAUUUAUGCUUGUUUUGCUGUAAAAUACUACGCUGUAAGACUCUGUCAAUGUUUGUUUUUAUUUAUCAAUUUUUUCCCUUAUAAACUUAUUUGGCAGGGUGGAGAAUGUCAGUUUUUCUGCCUAUGUAAUGUGUAGCAAGAUAUAACCUCCAUCCAAGUCUGAGGAUUACUCACUUGUUGCAAGUUCAAACCAAUAUAGCAACUAAAACAACUGGUUGAUUUCCAUUUUUUGCUGUAAAUUUUUAUGUUGUUUUCUGAAAAUGGGAAGAACAAAAUGUACAUCACACUUGAAUCCUUUGGCCAGUUGCCUCCAAACUGAUGCUAAGAAGUCUAACUUUUUGAAUGAAGAAUUUUUUCAUGUGGGUUUUGUCUCCAUUUAUUCAAAUUAAAGGGAGACAUGCUUUUGUACAUUUAAACAAGUUCCAUUUUAAUGUCAGAGCUGGUACUUGUGCCUAUUUAUUCUGAGUGCUGGUCAACAUCGUAUCUCUUUCAUUCCCAUUAAACAUCAUAUCUAACUGCA